UUCUGCGUGUCAUUUGCCAAAUAAUUACACCAUAACUAUAAACACACGAUAAAUAUACACUUAAAUUCGUUUUAAUACAAUUCUGAUCGUUAUGACGUCCUCGAAUGCGAAAAAACUAGUGAGCAGUUUCGUGAAUUUCCUCAAAGAUGAAUUGUCAAGUAAUCAUCUGAGUGCUGAUUCCUGCGAGAGCCUCGAAGUGGCUGUGCAAUGUUUAGAAUCGGCUUAUGAUCUAGGUAAUGAUGACGGUGUCCCCGAGACUAACUCCGAGCCUUUGAUUAAUAUAUUCAACAAGCAUUUGUCUGAAAAUCAGAAGGCUAUCGAGAAAGCCAAAGCUGAGGCUGAAGCUUUGAAGAACGAGGGUAAUAACUUGAUGAAAAGCGAGAGGUACUUGGAUGCUUUGGAUCAUUACACCAGAGCCAUCAUCCUGGAUGCUAAUAACGCUGUUUACUAUUGUAAUCGUGCAGCUGCAUACAGCAAACUCAACAACCACGAGGCUGCUAUAAAAGAAUGCCAAUCAGCCUUGCGCAUAGACCCCACAUACAGCAAAGCUUAUGGGCGCCUCGGUCUAGCUUACUCAAGCUUGAACAAACACGCAGAAGCUUUGACAAGUUACAAAAAAGCCCUAGAACUCGAACCGGAGAAUGAAAGUUACCAAAACAACCUAACCUUAACUGAGGAAAAACUAGCAAGCGCUCCACAACCAUCAAACUCAGCCCCUGGAGGUGCUCCUUUUGAUAUUAGCAUGCUCCUAAACAACCCUACGCUCAUGAACAUGGCCACGCAUAUGUUAUCGGAUCCGGCAAUGCAGAACAUGAUGAGUUUUAUGGGAAGCAAUGUGCAGGGAGGUGCUCCCGGGAUGGAGGCUUUGAUAGAAGCUGGGCAUCAAUUAGCGCAACAAAUGCAGUCUUCCAAUCCUGAUUUGAUCGAGUCGCUGAGGAGGCAAAUGGGGCCUAAUGGGGAGCCUUCUGAGGAUCCAAAUAAACCAAAUAAUUAGAUUUAGGAUAGAUUAGGAUGUAAUUUUUAAAUGACAAUUGUUGAUAUUUGAUUAUGGAAAACAUUAGAAAAUGAAAAUGAAGACUUUUAAUAAAUAAUAAUAUGAAAAA